CAGCCUCAUCUUGAACACUUUUUUUUUUUUCUUCAAAAAAUAAACUUAAUUCUGGUUCAGAGAGUUUUCUGGUCUCCUCCUCCGACACCAAAUGUUGAAGGAGAUGAGGUUUGAAUCAAAGCCAGUAUCGUCAUUUCACAAACAUAACCGUCUACUUGUGAAGUUUGCUGCCUCUUUUCUUUUGUUGGGUCUCGCUUUUCGACUCUUCUAUUCUGAUUCUAUUGGAUUAUCAGUUGAGCCACCUCCUCUUGCAGACCACGAAACAGAGCCCUCCUCUGUUCCAUCUUUUCCUCCUCAAACUCCUCCUGGUCCUGUCGAUUUUCCUGGAAACAGCAGCCAAACAUCUCAAAAUGUGGCAGUAAAAUGUGACAUUUUUACUGGAGAUUGGGUACCAGACUCAUCAGGACCAAGAUACACUAAUGAAAGCUGCCAUGUUAUGGAAUCUCAUCAAAAUUGUAUGAAGAAUGGCCGCCCUGAUUCAGGCUACAUUUACUGGAGGUGGAAGCCAAGAGACUGUGAGCUACGCAAGUUCAAUCCACAGAGGUUUCUUGCUCUAAUGAGGAACAAUUCGUGGGCUUUCGUCGGCGAUUCGAUCUCGCGUAACCAUGUGCAGUCAUUGAUUUGCAUCCUCUCUCAGGUGGAGCAAGCUGUUGAAGUAUACCAUGACAAAGAAUACAGGUCUAAAAGAUGGCAUUUCCCAUCUUACAACUUCACCCUUUCGGUAAUUUGGACUCCGUUCCUCAUUGGAGCAGAUAUUUUCGAAGACAUGAAUGGAGUUUCUACUUCUGAAAUUCAGCUUUAUCUUGACAAGAUCGACAAGACAUGGACCAAUCAAUACAACAGCUUCGAUUAUGUGGUGAUUGGCGUUGGCAAAUGGUUCCUUAAGACCGCAAUUUACCAUGAGAACAACACAGUCAGCGGCUGCCAUUCCUGCCCCGGAAAGAACUUAACCGAGUUAGGAUUUGAGUACAGCUACCGCAGUGCUCUCCGUGUGGUUUUCAAUUUCAUCACGCAUUCGGAUCAUAAAGCGUCUGUAUUCUUCAGAACCACCACGCCGGACCACUUUGAGAAUGGAGAGUGGUUCAGUGGUGGGCAUUGUAAUAGAUCGCUGCCAUUCAAAGAAGGUGAGGUUGAUUUGAAAGAUGUAGAUAAUGUAAUGCGUAACAUUGAGUUGGAAGAAUUUGAGAAGGCUGCUAAAGGAUCUGAAGAGGGGGUGAAUUUGAAGCUACUGGACACAACCCAUCUCUCAUUGUUGAGAUCUGAUGGGCACCCAGGUCCGUACAGGCAAUUCCAGCCAUUUGCCAAGGAUAAAAAUGCCACAGUUCAGAAUGAUUGCUUACAUUGGUGCCUACCUGGGCCAAUAGAUACUUGGAAUGAUUUGGUGAUGGAAUUGUUGGUCAAUGGUGACAAAUAUCGAUGACCAAACCAUUUUAUGUACCUCGACUUAUCGACCUUUCAGAAUUCUUGGCCGGAAUCAAAGUUUUGUUUUUCGGAUUGAAGGUUCGGAAAUACUUCAUAAGCAUUUGCAGGGGUUGUUUAUCCUGUGAGCAAUUCUAUGCCUUAAAGAACAGGGAAGCCAUGAAACGUAGAGAAGGCUUGCGAGCUCGCUAAGAUGUGUGAACAAAUUAUUUUUUUGCUAUUUCAGAUUUUUUGGCCAAGCUGCAAAAUCUUAUACCCUUUGUAUUACACACAACUUAUCUAUGAAAUUACAAAUCCUAUAAAAAUCCCUUCAUUUCUGUAAAAGCUUAGUAUACGUCUUUACAGAACAGAAAAUAAUGCAAAGGGACGCAUAUUUAUAU